AUGAUCAUCUUGGCGAAGAUUGUUAUUUCUGUUGAUGAUGGAAAGGAAAAUGCUGACAGUGUUAAAAUUGAGGAUAACAAUGGCAGUGGAAAACAAGAUCGAUACAUCGGGCAAAUACUCAGCGAGCCCCAGAUCAGCUUUCACCUCAAUGACUAUCAUAACCCCCAGGGCCGGGCGGAGGGCGGCCACUGCUGCGACGGGUUCAACAUUCAGGGCUCGGGCUGCUUCCUGCAGCCGUGUGACCAUCGCUUCCGUGUUUGCUUAACCGACAGAUCGGCGUAUAGCCCCGUCGAGAGUUGUUCUACAACAGACGGACCUUCAAACGAAAACGUAAAUGCGUUCCCAGCAGGGACCGGGCGUAUAAAAUUACCUCUUCGCAAGUGGCCGACGAACGGAAUGGUCGAAAUCGCGGUUUACGUUUAUGAUGUCGACGAUGACGUCACAACUCACGCGGAGAGUCUAGAGCUCGUUGACGUCAUGACGUUGCUGGUGUUCGUGGGGUCUGGACCAUUUAACAGCUCCUUUGCCGGACCUAACAAUGUGACACUGGACGGCACAAGGGCUAUAGACCCUACAAGACUAUCCAUAACAUACCAGCUCUUUUACGAAACCUACGCACCGUACUAUUUGAACCAGCCGCAAUCCCCGUACUGUGCGGUAGAAAACGAAUGCGGGCGUCACUACACGUGUGACGUCACCGGAAGUACGGUUUGUCUGCCUGGGUGGGAGGGGCCUGAUUGUAACACGCCCAUUCCAGGAGGCUUAGCGGACUGCAGCAUUGACACAGAAAUUUCGGUGCUGCAUGAGAGCACGUGGACAGGCGAUAUCCGGUGUCCGUCCGACUGCGGCAGUAAUGCCUCGGUUACUCUGCGCAUUGUGAGCGUCGGCGAGGAUGGCGUCACGGGAAUCGCCUCUCUGGGCCGCACCGGAAAUGGCGUGCACGUGGCGGGCUCUUAUUCGUCAUACACAAAGCAUUUGAUCUUACAGUCCUCCACAUCCGCUCAGUUCAACAUCGGUGGUCAGAUGUUUCACGACCUUGAACUCAAUGGUCAGCUGUCCAGCGCUACCCGGAUGACCGGGGCCGUCGUGUUCGCCACCAAUGAAAACGGCGUCUCAACCACGUGUCAUGGCGUGCAGACGCGCGUGAAAGAGACGUGCAUACUCAAUCUAGUGAUGAUAUCAGCCACGUUCGAUCCCUGCCAUGGUAACGGACAGUGCUGGCGCUACGGGGGCCAACAGGCCGACUACAUGUGCUGCUGCAACGAUGAUUACAGCGGUGAAUAUUGCGAUGUUCUCAAAACUACCACAACCACCACCACCACAACAACAACGACAACAGCUACUACCACACCAACGAUAACAACAACAACAUUAUCAUCAACGAAAAUAACUUCAGCAACCACUAUUUCCACCACCACAAAUAUUUCAACACCGGAAGUCACCACAACCACCGACAGAACCACUUCCGCUAUAGAAACAACGCAGUCGACAAUAACCACGCAAAAGUCAGCAGAACCUACCUCUGGAACUACGUCUAUGACAACAAAAACACCAAUGACAACAACAGUUGCAGCAACAACUGCGGCAACAACUACAACGGCACAGACCGUUUCUGUCACCGGUGCCCCGACCACUGAUAAAUCGACCCUGUCAACGCAGUCGUCUGCAGCAACGACAACUUCAGCAGUAUCGUCUCCAGUGGCAACAACUAGUUCCACCACUAGUACGCAGCCUUCAGCAACAAUAGCAAAUACAUCCGAAGCAUCAAGGACAAUAACAACAACAAUUAUAGCAGCAACGACAACCGAACUUCCAUCAACAGCUGUGACAACAUCACCUACGCAACCGACAACAAUCCGAACAACAGUGAUCGUCACACCAGAAGCAGCAACAACAACAACCGCAACAACAACAACAACAACGGCCACGAUAAACACUGAUCGGUACUCAACAUCUGUAACAUCGUCGACAAUUCCAACAACACUGAUUGUCACAUCGAAAGCAACAACAACAUUAACACCAACAAAAGAAGCGGUAACAACCGCAGCGACUACCAGCGUCUGCAUUCCGGUGUUCAACUGCACGGUUCAUCAGGUCUGUGAUGUCACUGGAAAUGUCGUUUGCGCACCCGGAUGGACGGGACCACUAUGCGACAGUAUCAUCACAAACGGAGAGGCUGACUGCGAGGUGUACGAAUGGGAAAGCUUUCUACCGAGUGAAUGGUCCGGCAACUACACAUGUACAGACGACAACGCUGUGGUCAAGUUCACGAUGAAUGUCACAAAGUCUCAGUCAUCAAUCCAUUUCGCCGGUGACAUACUAAUCGCCGGAAAAAACAUCUCUGCCGACGGAACAUUCGGAUCAUAUUUCAGAACGUUCGCCAUUCAGUCCUCGGAGGUUAUAGUCGAGGAAAUUGCGUCCCGGAAUUUCUCGCGGGUCGAGAUGAAUGGACGGUUAAUAAGCCCCGUUUUCAUUGACGGUGUUGUCAUAUUUUUGACUGCGGGCGGAUCUAAGCAGACGUGUUCGAUGGAACUGCGACGUAAUAGAGUAUUCACGGUCACCAACUGGUGCAACAGCCAUGGUGCGUGCCAGCGACAAGGGCAACAGAAGAAUCAGUACACUUGCUGCUGUGACUCCAAUUACGUAGGCGACCACUGCGAACAAACGACAACAACCACUUCAACAACUACAAGCACCACCACAACAACAACCACGCCCACUAUGACUGUGAUCCCGUGCACACCCGCUGACAACUGCACCCACCAUUUUACGUGCGGGCCCCAGGGUCAGAGACUUUGCCUUGCCGGCUGGACCGGUCCCGAUUGUGACGUCAUGACACCGGGCUCGGUCGCCGACUGCGACAUUUUUGAAAUUAACGAAGUUAUUCCCAGCGAGUGGGCAGGAAACUUCACGUGUAAUGACACCAACACGCUGAACCAGUUCCGCAUAAACUUCACAAAAUCCAGCACCACAAUCGGCAUGGAGGGCGAUAUUCUUAUUAACGGAUCCAGAAUUUCCGUUUCCGGUUCCUUCGCGAGCUAUUACAAGAAUUACGCCUUACAGACCACGAACCUCGUGGCGCACGAGAUUUUUAAGCGGAAUUUCACGAAUUUCGAGAUGAACGGGAUAUUCGUGUCGCCAGUGUUCAGUACAGGGGUGGUCAUAAUUGCCGGAAGGGCGGGAACCAUCACGUGCCCAAUGGAGCUGCGACGAACUGCCAUCUAUAUUAACUGGUGCAGCAACCACGGUAGUUGCUAUAGAUAUGGGAGGUCAAUGAACCAGUUCAAAUGCUGUUGUGACAAUGGUUACACAGGGGACUCAUGCAGUUCCAGGUCUGUCUCUCAGCGCUCUACGCACCUAACAACAACCACGGCUCCACCAGUGACAACCAUUCCAACAACAACUACCACGCCCGCAACCACCACAACCACCACUCCUCCAACCACAACAACCUUGGCUACCACCACAACCACGACCCUUCCAGCCACAACACCCUUGGCUACCACCACGACCGAGCAACCAUGUCGGUUCAGCAUGAGUGGUUGCACAGGACAUUACUACUGCGACAAGUACCAGAAGAGGGUCUGUUUUGACGGUUUUACUGGCGUCAAUUGCUCUGAUGUCAUUCCUAACGGUUCCGCUGACUGUGAUGUUUUUGAUUCCAACGUCAUCAUUCCGAGUGAAUGGUCCGGGAAUUACACCUGCCAAGAUGACAACAUCAUGCGUCAUUAUCGUAUGAAUAUCAGCCUCUCCCAAGACACCAUUGACAUCAUUGGCAACCUCUCCAUUGACAACACUCACUUCAUGACAGUUGGAACGUUUGCAUCAUUUUACAAAAUCAUCGCAUUCCAGUCUAAAUCUGUUGUCCUUGAGGCGAUAUAUGGCCGCAACAUGACGUUUGUUGAAUUCAACGGCAGAUAUACCAACCCACUGCUUAUAGAUGGUGUGAUUAUAUUCAAAACCAUUAACGGAACAUAUAGUUGCCCAAUGCAAAUGCGUCGAGGACCAGUUUAUCAGCCGUUCAACUGGUGUGGCAGCCAUGGGUCGUGCUGGAGAGCUGGGCCGGACAGGGACAGCUACCACUGUUGUUGCCAGACAGGUUUCAUCGGUGACCAUUGCGAAACCAAAGUGACAACUACAACAACUACAACCACCACGUCAACAACAACGACUACAACAACAACAACUCCUAGCACAACCUCAACCACAACAAUGACACUUCCAACGACAACGAUGACAUCCAUUCCAUGCUCGCCUGUUGCAAACUGCAGUCAGCAUUACAGCUGUGACUCCUAUGGCCGGAAGAUCUGUACCCCAGGGUGGGGCGGCAAGGAUUGUGACAAAAUUACACCGGGUGGACAAGCCGACUGCGACUCCUUUGACGACUCAUUGCUAGUGACCAGUGAAUGGUUAGGCACUUACAUCUGCCCAGAUGACAAUGCACGUGUCACCUUCACAUUGAAUGUAACACAGACAUCACCUGUUGACACACUGGCAUCAGCGAUUGUGGGUAACAUGACAAUUCCCCUAUCCGGCACAUUUGCGGUGGCGUAUGGUGUUCUUACGUUGAAGAAUGCCCAGCAGUUUCUCCGGGAAGUGAAUUCCGCGAUUUAUACUGGUCUACAUGUAGAGGCGGGUUUGAAGACUCCUACAUUUAUUAACGGGACUCUGCAGUUCAUUGCCAACACUGGCUCCACUGUGAAUUGUCCGCUUGAAUUGAAGAGGGUAAAAGUUAAUAUAGACUGGUGCAGCGGCCAUGGAACGUGUUACAGAAACUCGAAAGCAAAAGAUGAUGUCGUUUGCUGUUGUGAAUCAGGUCACUCUGGAGCAUUCUGUGAAGUCGGACCAACCACCACAACUACCACCACGACUACACUAGCAACCACGACAAUGACAUCAAUGCCGUGUUUCCCAAUCGAAAACUGCACGCAUCACUUCACAUGCGACCCCUAUGGGCGGCAUGUGUGUCUUCCUGGUUGGACUGGGCAGGACUGUACCAUUAUGCUACUGGGAGGUCUUGGAGAUUGUGACAUGUUCUUAGACAUAGACCUGGUACCAAGCGAAUGGUCCGGCAAUUACACCUGUGCAGACGACAAUAUUGCAGUCCUCUAUGCAAUGAACAUCACAAAGUCAUCCACAAUUGAUACUACGGCAACGGUCAGAGUUCAAAACUUCACGUUCACAAUGGCUGGCGCUUUUGCCUUAAGUUUUCACUUUUUAACCCUCGACAAUGACGUCAGCAUAUACAGAGAAGGCGUGGCAAUAAACUAUACGGAUGUGGAGUUGAACGGAAUACUCGUUUCAUCGACUUUCAUUUCUGGAUUUGUGAUAUUUAAGAACGGAAAUGCAACUUUGAGCUGUCCAAACGAGCUUAGAAGGACAUCAGUACAUGUGGACUGGUGCAGCGGCCAUGGGAACUGUUUUCGGUAUGGCCGCGCAGUAAGCGAUAUCAGGUGCUGUUGUGACGUGGGUUUUACAGGUUCAAAUUGUCAACCACCCCAAACAACAACAUCAACAACAACAUCCAUCACGACAAUACCUACAACUACCACCGCCGAACCCACGACAACCACCUCAACCACCACGACAACCAUGGCAACCACCACAAUGACGUCAGUACCGUGCACGCCUGUUAACGACUGCUCCCAGCACUUCCUGUGCGGCCCGUAUGGUCAGAAGAUCUGCCUGUCUGGAUGGACCGGAGCUGACUGUUCUACGAUGAUCAAAGAUGGGACUGCAGACUGCAAUACACUAAAUAUAACGGUUGACUGGUGUAGCGGACAUGGAACUUGCUACCGGAACAGUAUCAUGACCAAUGAUGUCACAUGUUGUUGUGAGACACAAUACAACGGCAACAAUUGUGAACAGGGUCCAACCACCACUUUGCCUACUGAAACAACAACAGUCCUGCCCACAACAACAACAACUUUGCCGCCAUGCCAACCCGUCAACAACUGUACUCACCAUUUCACGUGCACAGGAAAAGGUAACAAGCUGUGCUUGCCCGGAUGGAAAGGACAAGAUUGUGACAUCAUGGUUGAUGGAGGUGAUGCUGACUGUGACAUAUUUGAUGGAAAAGAAAUAGUCCCCAGUGAGUGGAAGGGAAAUUACACAUGUGCAGAUGAUAACAUAGAAACCUGGUUUGUCAUGAAUAUAACACGCGCCACAAACAUUGAGACUCUCGCUCAGGUCAGGGUUGGGCCCCAUGAAUUCCCGAUGACUGGUUCCUAUGCCUCAGUGUUUGAAGUCAUUACGCUGAUGAACAAGGGAGCCAUUUUCCGUGAAACGCCAAGGGUAAAUUUCUCUGACGUUGAGCUUGAUGGACGGGUGAUGUCGCAGGUGUUUAUUGAGGGCUUCCUUGUGUUCAAGAAGGGGAACAUCACUGAGCGAUGCCCUGUCCAUUUGAGGCGAACAGCAGUAAAUAUUGACUGGUGCAAUGGACGUGGCAGUUGCUAUCGAAACAGUAAAGACAUCAACGAUGUCACAUGCUGUUGUGUAACAGACUACAAAGGUCAGUCAUGCGAGGUGGGUCUAACAACGACCUUUACCACAAUGACAACAACAACUCUAGCAACAACAACAUUACCAAAAUGUGACCCUACCAAUGACUGCUUUAGACACUACACGUGCGGCACGCGAGGGGAGAAACUCUGUCUUCAGGGCUGGACAGGGCCAGACUGUGAUGUCAUGGUGGUGGACGGGGCCGCCAACUGUGAUAACUUUGACAGUAAGAAGCUGGUACCCAGUGAGUGGACUGGAAACUACACCUGUCCCGAUGACGCAACCACGACCUGGUUCACAAUGAACAUCACACGCUCCACGAACAUCGAAACCAUGGCAACAGUGCUGGUCGGGAACCAGAGCUUCCCGUUGUCUGGUUCCUAUGCGUCAAUCUUUCAGUUACUCACUCUCAUGAAUGCCCUGCCUAUAUCAAGACCGGGACUCAAUGGCUUGACCUACUCGGAGGUGGAGCUGAACGCGUGGGUGCGCAGUCCUGAUUUCAUAGAUGGAUUUGUUGUGUUUAAAGCUGGCAACCAGUCUGUUCAGUGUCCUGUGGAGCUUCGAAGAACUGCAGUAAAUAUUGAUUGGUGCAAUGGCCACGGCACAUGUUUUAGAUACAGCAAAUAUAUGGAUGACUUUACAUGUUGCUGCCAAGCCGAUUACCAUGGAAAACAAUGUGAAAGUUCCUUAACAACUGUAACCAUGACAACCCCUUCCACCAAGGCAACAACGCGAGGCAACCCCUUCUUGACAACCACGAUGGAUGCAUCAUCAGCUCAACCAAUAACUUCAAGCAUCCCAACAACCUCUGUAUCUACAACCCCCAUUCCAUGUCAGACCGUCCACUCGUGCUUCCAUCACUACGACUGCCAUGCUAGCAGCUUGCAAGUUUGCGCUAACGGCUGGACAGGAAGUGACUGCAACGUUCUCAUUCCUGACAGUGAGGCAGACUGUAACAGUUUUUUUGGCAUGCUGUCCAGUACCUGGUCAGGAAACUUCACAUGCCCAGACGACAACCUUGGGAAUGUUUUCUCGAUGAACAUCACGAGAUCCUCGGACAUUGACACCACGGGAAGUGUCUCCAUUGAUGGCACCACCAUCAAGAUGAGCGGAACAUUUUUUACAUUGUUCAGUUUCCUGUCGUUACAGAAUGACGAUGUUGUGACAGAGCCUUUUUACGGACGUAAUUUCUCAAAGGUUAGACUGGAUGGACAGCUUGUGACGCCUGCUUUCCUUUCCGGCGUUGUGUUGUUUACCAGGAAGGUUGAUGUCAUGAGGUGUCCAGUAGAGCUUAGACGGAGUGCCGUGCAGUACAACUGGUGCGGGGGGCGUGGAAGUUGUUACAGGGUCGGCACAGCCCGCGAUGACGUCACAUGCUGUUGCCAGAACGGUUACACUGGAAGCAGAUGUGAGCAGGAACCAAGUACUACAGCAGUCGCUGCCUCAACAACAGCAACUUCAUCUAUUACAACUACAACAUCAGUUUCACCAAGCUAUAGUAGCACAACCAAUUCAGCAUCCUUGGAGUCAUCUACCACAACAUCAUCUAGAUCAUCUACAAUUGUUCAGACCGGAACUGAUGCUGCUUCUUCUACAACAGCAACAGCAACAAAAACAUCAACGUCCUCAACAGAUCCAACAAUGUCACUUUCUACAACAGCAUCAAAACCUUCAACAUCAUCAUCAACUAUAAAACUAACCAGCACCGAUGUUCCUUCAACAACAAUAACAGCAACAACAACAGCAACGUCUUCAACAGACCCAACAAUGUCACUGCCUACAACUUCACCAAAACAAUCAACGUCUUGGUCAACAAGUAAUCAGCCUGGCAGUAAUUCUCCUACUACAACAACAACAGCAGCAAGAACAACAACAACUUCAAAGUCCUCCACAAAACAAACAAUGUCUUUAUCUACAAUGACAUCUAUACCAUCAACGUGGUCGACAUCAACAACACCUACAACCACGACCCUGGGCGUCUGUCCAGGCCACUUUACCUGUAGCGCUAACGGACAGUCUGAGUGCCUGCCAUGGUUCUCUGGUCUCAACUGCAAUAUUCCUGUGCCUGGUACCACUGACCAAUGUGUCAAGUUUGACGAUGCCAAAGACCUGGAUUUAUCAACAUGGCAAGGGCAGUUCAAAUGCCCAAAAGACUCGUCUGCAAUUCCACUGACUCUUCGCAUAGAAACCACUGGGUUACAUUCCACUCUGAAAGCUCAACUUAAUGUACAAGGUACUACAGUGAAUUUGACCGGCACGUUUGCAUCGUAUCUCAAGUCCUUGACAUUCCAAAGUGCCGGAAGGUCAGACCUUGUUCAAGGGAAGAACUACGGGUUGAUGGAAGUACACAGCAAAUUGACAUCUCCUGUGCGCGCUGCUGGUGCCGUCUUGUUCGUAAAUGCUGACCGAAGCAAGACAAUUUGCAGUCUAGAACUCGACAGAACUGAUGGCGGAGUGUGCGGGACUUCUACGCCGCCUUCGUCACCGACGACAACCACUGCAGCGUACUUAGACCCUGGCAGGCAUCUGGAGGUUUACAUUGAGCUGGUAGAAGAAGAAUAUGAAAAGGCCUUGGUUGUCAUCAUUUUGCGGGAUGCAUGGGAAACUGCUAACUCAAUUGGAGGAAAGAGCAACACAACAUUCAAUAUUGCGAUCAAUUACACAUUAAGUAUGGUUGACAAAAGAGGAACGGAUGUACUGAAGGUCAGCUACACAGUAACGCCAGUAAAUGUCUCAGACCCGUCGACCGUGCUUCAGCCAAGCCUGUCUCUGCUAGAAACCGCUUUGCAGAAGGUCUACAGCACACGAAUGUAUCAUGGAAGCAUGUCAGAGCUCAUUGAUGUCAGUCGCGCCUUCCAUUUGUUCAUCAAAGGACCGAGGCCAGAGCCACAGGUUGUGGCAGACAUUGAAGAACGCCUGUGUCUGAUCUGGAGGAUGAAUAGUAGCUUAUCCCAGUUGACCUGUUCAGGAAUGGAUGACAUUUCUGUGAAGAAAACAGAAGAAUACAUGGGUGAUAUGGGAAUAGAAAUCACAAAGAUUUCCUACCUCAUCAAGGUCAAGGGUAUUACAGUAGAUCCGGCAGGCGUAGUUGUUCCUGAAAGCACGUAUUUCAACACUGAAAUAGAAAAAUACACUGUGGUUGAGAUUUACACUGGAUCGCUUAUGACACGUUACAGAUUUCACCACGAUUUGUUCAUUGCAGAUUAUAUUUAUCAGGAAAAUAUUACAGAUUUGGUUCAAGGAAUUCAGGAUGUAUGGCGAAAUAGCGUAACAAAAUGUGCUGGAAUCUGUACUGUACACUUUGUGAAAACAGAACAAUAUUUCCAGAAGCAAACCAGCAAUCUUGUUUUUGCCAUUGUCUACACUGUACAAUUUGGAAGGAAUGUUGUGAGUCCAGUGAUGAUAAAUGCACCCUCUACUAAAGACUUCCAAAAUGGCAUCCAUGUUGUUACUCCUAUGAAAUAUGGCAUAUCCGGAUUUUACGUCAUCUUUACAGAAGACCCAGCGAUUACUUUGUAUCGGUCAAGGCACACUUGGCAGAUCAGUUUUGUUGGGCGUGUGGACGUGCGACAAGUGGCAGAACUUAUCAUGCAGGUCGCUCUUGCUACUAGAAACAAAACAUCAGGAUUCAGUUAUAAUAUCGAGUACAACCGUGUCAUAGACAAAUACGCUGUCAAUGGCGAUGAAAUCUCCUCCCUGGUUCUAUUCGUGACCGAUUCUGCCAGUAGCAGCCCAAUUGUCCUUGACGCUCGCAGUCUUGGCGUGCCAACAUCGACGGAACUGAUGUACUGGUUCCAGCAGAGCAACCACACGGUGUACUACGGCAACAUGAACACCUACAGGAUCUACACAUUCAGUUUUAACGACUUGAUUCCAGUGAAGACACUGAACCAUUACGAGAUCAACGGGUACCUGAUUGCUGAGGACAGAGACAGGGUAGCACAGAUCAUCAAGGAUGCCUAUGUUACCAGUGAUAGCGAUUACAAUAUUACCAUCUACAAGGUAGAAGUUGGUUAUAAGAUAACUGGUGAAGUGGUCAACACAUUUCGAUACUUGGUCAGCUACAACGGUAUAGUGCAUCAUGCCCAGUAUUACUAUGGCAACCUACCUGCAAUUGUGUCAUACAUCAACGGACAUUUGAAUACGGCAAAUGGUCUGGGUCAGAACUACACGCACAUGCCUGGAGCGCAGCUGUAUUAUGAACAAGAGGUCAUGAGACUGCUGUUCACCUCUGCGAUCGCGGAACUGGAUUACACCAAUGUUGCAUCCUCCAUUAUCAAUUCCUUGAGCACAGGCUGGCACUCUUUCAACUCCUACUCAUCCGGCCUUACAGCGCUAAUCAUUCAUCAAGAAGAAGUGUUUGUUGGCGACUUACAAUACUGGCAGAUCUCGUUCAUCCUCAAGACCCCUUACAUUGACCCGAUCCAGACCCGGUUCGUUCAGAGGGUCACAGAGAAGCUCCUGGAAACCAGCUUCAAGGCGGUUUCCAUCAGCAACCAGGCCUAUACCCUUAUAGACAAGGCUUAUGAGGCCAGUACAGUGUUGAGAAGAAGUUGGGCCUUUACGCUGACUUUUAAGGAGAUGGUGUAUGAAGUGGAUUGGGCGGGUUUCGAGCGUGUGAUUAAACUAGAGUGGUGCCGGCAUGUGGGUUCUAACUGUUUCUGGGAAGUGAAGAUAAAAGACCAGGAACAAGUUGUGGAUAGAUAUGGCGCCAUCUACUGGCGACUGGUCUAUUUCAUCUACCUGGAAGCAGGCGCAGGCUACUUUGUCCAGAAUCCUCACACCACCCUUUUGAGGCCUUCUGUCGCGAACUAUCCAAGCCAGUUCGGAUUCAAUUACACUGCCGUGAACGUGGACUACCUUAUUGACACGAGAUUUCUGUUCACUGUGUACACAGACACAGAAAUAACACAAGUCACUACUGGCUUUGUCGACAAAUUAAAGACGUUUUUCUUAACCCAUGUCCAAGGCGUGACAUUGGAUUGGUGGAAAGACACAGAAAUAAGAGUCAUCACUCAAAGACAAGUGUUCACUUCAAGCGGGUGGAUGUGGCGUGUCCAGUUUGGGUUAGUCAGAGAGGGCGGACUCGUCAAUGCCCAAACAUGGCCAACAUCUGGACUGGUUUACCUCCAGCUGGUCUCAGGAAGUGGCAUAGAGACUGUAGACUGGUCUUCUUUCACCCUCGACUACUACUUCAGUCUUUAUUUGAAAGGGAAAGUAUCGUGGUUGGACUAUCAGAAGUUCGAACUUGCAAUCCAUCAUUAUUGGAUGACAACUCACGGAGGAUGUGGACCCUGUGCGACAGUUCACGUUAUCAACCAGGAACAGUUACAUUCAUAUAAUGGAAGCUCCUACAACCGCUUGGACUUCCAGAUAAAAGUGAAUGGAACUGUAGUUAACCCAGCAAAGUAUCCACCAAUAGACUACAGUGUGUUGGGUUCAUAUAUGAACUUCACUGGACAAGGGGGCAGUUACAACUUGGAGAAGGGUAUAGAACACACAAAUAACCUAGUCCCCUGGCGUUACUAUAGAUGGAUGUAUACAAACAGUUGGAUAUCACCAAGUCAAUAUACGAUUUUCAGAGAACACCUUCUGCGUUAUUAUUCAUCUCAUUACAAAGGACUUAGUGUGGAAAUUGGCUUUGGAACACAAAGGGAACUGUUUUCUUCAUCAGGUUUGUAUUUCUGGGGAUUGCCUUACUACGUUAAAGUUGAUGGCAGACUGGUUUUGCCUUUCUUGCUUCCGCAUCUUGACUGGUCCACAUUUUCGUUGACGUUGAACGCCACAACAUCGCAGGGGAAUCAAUACCAAGUGUUCACGGACAUGAAUACCCAGCCGCAUUCUGGUACAAGCACUUUUGCGAGAGACUCGUUAUACAGACUGAUGACUUAUGAGCGAGCCCUACCCCACUCACUGCUGGAAGAGCUGUUGGCAAAGAGUUGGAAGCACACACAGCAAGAUACCAAUAUUGUGGUAUCCAUAAUUUCUCGAGAGCAGUACUUUGGGAUGUACGGGGUUGAGCUCUCUGGAUACAUGUAUGCUGUGAAAUUGAACGGAAGUCUGGUAGAGACGGAUUUCAUAAUGGAGCCGUCUCUAGACCAAUACUCAUCACAGCUAAAGCCCUAUACAAAAUCGGUAUCAUACAGACUUGCUGACCUACAUGAGUUGAGGGUCACAGGGACAGUGAACAAGGCGGUGAUUGAAGCUCUGCAGAUAUCGCUCGCCAAUGCUUGGACGAGUCAGUCGGCAGGUUCCAGAAAUGUGAGCACCAAAGUGGUGGCAGUAACCCUGUCUGUUGACAUGGCAACUGGCACCAUGGUUCAUCGACUAUCCUACGCCUUGACCAUCAAUGACGUGCCUAUGACAUCAUGGGAAGUACGUCCUCUGACCGCAGAAAGGACUCAAAGGGCAGUGACUGACGUCAGUUCAGUCUCGCAAAUUGAGGUCUGGUUGAAUGUGACCAACAUACUGAAACAGAUAUACCUCCAGGGUCGCUCACUAUCGGACACCACAAGCCAAGAAAGCGUGAAACAAACAUUGGUGAAGACGUGGGCUAUAUCAAAGAAUGUAAGUGAAAGUUCUGUUGCCAUACAGCUUGUGAAGGAUGCAACUCAGCGAGAUGAUCUGUUUGUAACAGAUGAUUGGACGUCUGUCACUAAACUUUCAUAUGGCCUGUCUGUAAAUGGUCAUGACACAACAGACCCAAUAAAAGAUUCUCUUCUGAGUAAUCAGCUGACAGCCAAUGGUUUCCAGCUUGUUAAUGGCACACUGCUUAAGCGAUGGAAGCGUUAUAUCCAUGGGCAACGAUCACAACAGAAUGCAACUGCAUUAUCAUCGGCUCUAAGUCUGGCAUGGAUGGAAACCAACAAAGACCUCAAUCGAGACAGUUUGGAAGUUCGAAUCAAGGGCAUGGGGGCAUCUAGACACAGACGUGAAGUCACCUCUAGUAGUGAACAGUACACUCUUGUUGAUACUCAAGGGGAGGAGGUUUCCCCGUUGGAGUUCACUGUCGCUGUCGACGGAUUUGAGCCAAAUCCAGCACUUUUGGCAGCUCCAAGCGAGGGGGUUCUAAACAAAAACCUUGUGCAGGCUAACACAGCCACAUGCGGAUGUUCACCACGUGCCCAAGGUCAUGUGACGCUGGUUGGCAAGACCAAGACAACGGAACAAGCUGCGAUUGAGGAUGCCAUUACAGAAGCCAUCGUCUCUGAAAACAAAGGUUUGAAUGCAACCAGUAUCUCUGUGGGAGUAGUUGAGUUGAGAGACGGAGAGGAUAACAGCAAAGCGUUGUCGAUAGUCCUGUACCGUGUGACCUGUGUCGACCCAGCCUGUGACGUUGAAGCCAUAUUGGCCCCCAGCCAGGCGGUGUUGAAGCAGAUGCUAGCCAACGCAGGCCACACCCUGUACGCUAAGGCAGAGCCUGUGCAAUCAGAAGACAAGCCAAAUUGGCUCAUUCCAGUAGCAAUAGCAUGUGGAGUUGUGCUUUUAGUCAUCAUUAUAUCUGUGGGAUGCUGCAUAGCAUACAGACGAAGGCAUAGGAAGAUGGGUGAUUUUAUUCAACAAGAACAAAAUAUCAAAACGAAUAACGUAUAUGACAAGGAACAUUUCAGUGAGAUGGCGGUGUUUGAAAACCUUGGAGUGGAAGAGGAUGGGAAUUUUAGGGAAAAAAUGUGAAGUUCUUAAACGCGCACACAAUGCAGCGACAAUAAUUGGCUUGUGAAAUAUAAUAAAAUAUAAGUUUUUUAAUAGUUGGACGAAUUAUAGACAGUUUUCAGGUGUCUUAUUUGUGAACCUUAUUUUUUUGCUGUUUUGUUUUUAAUAUCAAAUAUGGUGGUAAUUUUAUGAAAAGGAACUUUUACAAAACUUUUGAACAUUAUUAUAUGGGCAUAUAUUUAUAUUUGAGAAUGUACUUGUUUUAUACAAAGUAAGACAAUCAUUUUAAUUUUUGUUUUAGUCAUGCAGUAACAAGAAAUGGUCAAUGGGUGUGAGGUCCUGUUAAUUAACAAAUGUUUUCUUACAGUGAACCCUUUGCCCCUUUUAUAUGUAUUUUGACACAUUUGUGUUCCCUUAGAAAGUUUAAUUUAAUGAAAAACCUUUCUUACUAGAUAUAAGUUUAAAAGGUUUCAUUUCCAACUCUUAGAAACUGAUGAGCAGCAAACAACAUAAAACCUGAACAGACUGUGAGUUACGCGCCGUCUGUUCUGGUUUUGUGCUGUUUGCAUAAAGCCAUUAACACUUUGCUUUUGAGUAGGAAAGGGUUAAAACUAUGAAACUAAAAUGCAUAACAAAGCUUAAGUUAAUUUCCUACCUAACUGCAAUUAUGAAUAAACUAAUGUCUGUGCCAUGUUUGAUAACAUUUCAGUACAAAUUUGAGUUUACUUGUACAUUUGCUUUAACUGUUUUUGUCCCCUACUGGUUUCACCGGAGGGGACUUAUGGUUUUCGCUCUGUGCGUCUGUGAGUCUGUCUUUCUGGAUCCUGCGAUAACUUUAAAACUUCUUCAUAUAUUUUCAUGAAACUUGAAACAUGGAUAGAUGGCAAAAUGGACAUUAUGCACGUCAUUUCAUUUUGUUCCUACGUCAAAAAUUCUGGUUGCUAUGGCAACAAAUAGACUAGAAAUACUGCUGAAAAUGGUGGUUUUCUAGAUCCUGUGAUAACUUUAAAAGUUCUUUAUAUUUUUCCAUGAAACUUGAAACAUGGAUAGAUGGCAAUAUGGACAUUAUGCACAUCAUUUAAUUUUGUUCCUACUUCAAAAAUGAUGGUUGCUAUGGAAACAAAUAUUUAAAAAAAAUUGACAAAGGUGGAAUUUCUGACAAUUGUGGAGCCAGUAGGGGACAUAUAUUGCUUGGCAAUAGUCUUGUUAUUUAUAAGAUUAUCUCUAUAUUGAGAUUUCCUGUGGUAUUUUCAAUACACAAGCCUAUGUGUGUGUGCAUGUAUGACAAUUUCAUGGUAAAUGUUUGUCAACGAAAACGAAAAACGUUAUUUAAAAGGUAUCUCAGUAUUUUAUAUAUAGUAAAUAGCUGUUGUGCUGUAUCUCAUAUUGAUAUUACGAGACAAUAUAUUUAUGAUAUCUAUAAUGCGUAUUCUCAUAUGACUGUGAAAUAUUGUUUACUUUUAGAGAUUUUGUACUUCAAUAAAAAUGUAUACACCAUU